AUGGACGCCAUGGCGUACAUGUUUUCUGUUGCUCGCGAAAAUAGCUCCAGCGUGUUAGAGUUUAAACCAGAAUGUAUUAUGGAGGAAGAUUUAAUGAGUUUGAGCAGCAAAUUUCCACUUAUCCCUGGUUCGCAAAGGUCGAUAGCGUUCUGCACAACCAUGCUUUCACAAAAGGUAAGGAAUGUUUUUUUAUUAUUUGUCCUUCUCGACGCAAGCUUGGUUCGUGAUCAGUAACUUCAGUUAAUUUAUGAUAGUUAUCCCUGAAUGUCUUAAUCUCGUGGAAUGCUAAAUCGUUUACUAUAUGUUGGCUUUACAGUGUCCCGGCGAUCAAGAAGCUCGUGAUUUUAUUGCUGCAGUUGUUUAGCUCUCAGAUUUCCAUAUUUAAUUGUUCCGAUUUGUAUUAGAGUGCUUACGAAUGAAGGGCGGGUUAGAAUGUAGAUUUUUUUUACAAACUUUUUUUUUUGGAAAAGUGUUCGCGCAGCUACGCGGUUUUUUUCUGAGUACCAGGACAACAAUCUUCAUCUGCUAGAGCUUUCUUUACGCAGUUCGUGCAUAUAUUUAUUAUUCCGAGAAAAUAAGUUUGUUCUAUAUAGGAACAUUGCAAUUUUCGAGUUUGUUGUCGUCCUGUUACCAGUUAGAAAACCAUUAUUAUGUUAUUGCUGACCAAGCCACAACAAUCUUCAAAGUAAUAAGUUAUGUUUAAUAACCUUUAACCGGACCAUGUUAUAUUGCAGUUGCGAGAAAUGCCUUCAGAUGCAGAUUUCGAUCUGACGGAUCCUUAUAACACCUUGCCUCGUUACAAUGUCCUACACGAUCCACAUUUGAAAGAGUAUUUUCAAAGUCCGACCAUGAGAAAAAGACUCAUUGAAAAAGGUAUGAGUGUGAUCGGCGACUUAUCUUAAGAGGCCUGCAAGCCCGGUUAUCAGGGCUUUAGAGAUAAGGUACCGUAAACUGUCUCUCAUAAGCCCGGCCACUUAUACGCAUUCCCAUACCGAUACCUCCGAAAAUCAGCGUCUCUAGAAUUUGUUUCUUUUUAUUUCUUAGUGGCCCAGUUGUUCCAAGGCCAAUUAGCGCUAACCCGGAGUUAAAUGUUAAUCCGGGUUUCUUUUCUGUUGUUCAAAGCCAAUAUCUAGGAUAAUUUUCUCUACUCUAUCAUCAAAUUGAAGACGAAAGGAAUUAGACCUAAUUUCCUUUUAACGGGGCAAUGUCACGAGGAUACAGUCAACUCUCUCUAAGACGGACACCUUUGGGACCGGCACUAAGUGUCCGUCUUAGAGAGGUGUCCGUCUUAUACAGAGUCAAAUAAAAGGAGUGAAGAAAGGCAGAGACCAACUCUAGGUGUCCGUUUUACAGAGGUGUCGGUCUUAUAGAGGUGUCCGUUAAGAGAGAGUUGACUGUAUUGCUGCUUUAGGUAAAUUCUUUGCUGAAGUCAUUCCUUAGUGUCUUUAAUCAUACACGAAAUUUAGAGUUGAGAGACUUGAGGAAGAUACCAAAUAAAAUUCAACACGGACUACCAACAAUAAUUAUUUUUUUCGCGAUUUUUUUAGGCAUAGCAUUAAAAAGCCAACUUUUUCAAGCUUCAAUCGAUGUUCAUCCUUGCCCAUCCGUUGCAACAGACAACAGGAGACAGUUUCAAUGUCUAAAUAUGGUCUUAAAUGACAAAACUGGACCAUAAUUUUUGGAAUUUAAUUGUUGCGCAAAACGUUUCAAUUUAUAGUCGACUCUCUCUUAACGGACACCUCUGUAAAACGGACACCUAGAGUUGGUCCCUGCCUUUCUUUACUCCUUUUAUUUGACUCUGUAUAAGACGGACACCUCUCUAAGACGGACACUUAGUGCCAGUCCCAAAGGUGUCCGUUUUAGAGAGAGUUGACUGUGACGACAGCAAACAGCGUGACGUAGCCCCUUUAAGCUCUCAUACUCCAAUUCAAAUUUCACACUAAACUUGGGUUAUCGAGUUAAAAGAAGCGAAAAAAAGGCUCAUUCAUAUCUCUCAAGCCUCUUAAGCAGCUUGAUUGAGAGGGAUAGUGAAAAGACUGGCAAUAGACCCAUUCGGCUAAAUCAAUGUUGUACCUAAUUCAAAUCUCCCAGGGUUAAGAUUCUUUGUGUAUUGUAAAAAAAAAACAAAAAAAAAACAAAUUUUAUUGAAAAUUGGAAGUAUAACUAAUUACAUUACUUUUCCACCCGCAAACAGCUUAUAAACUAAUCGAGGCAGGGGGAGCUGAAGACAUAUUACAAGUACAAGGAUUAUCUAUAGAUGGACUAAAUAACAGUGAAGACACUACGAUACAGUAAAUAGAAUAAACUAACAUAAAAAAACAAGGCAAGUACAAGAGAACGAAUCAAAUAGAUGAAAGCAAAAGGAACAAUUAAACUUCAGAAAUUUACGAAAGGAGGAAUUUGUUACGCGGAGCACCCAACACACGUCCGUCCAUGUUAGCCACAUCACGUGAUGUAUUGUAUUGCAUUAUAACGUGGAAUUCACAUUAAUUUUAUGAAAAUUCCUGAAACAAAACGUUUUAUUCCCAAAGGGUUUGAAUUGGGUACAGCACUGGGUUAGCCGGAUAGGUCUAUUUUUUAGACCCCAAAAGUAGGGAAGACAGUGCUGUGUUACAGAUAUAUACAUUUUUUACCGGAAUAUUCUUUUUUUUUCAGUUGUUAGUUUUCAGCAAAAUAAUUUGUCUGUACCCCGGGUUCCCAGAUUAAUACGCGAAAAAAAAAUCUGGUGUCAUUUUCAUUAUGUCAAUAAAGGUUUCAUCACGCCCAGUGGGCUUGUUAAAUGUACGCUUCUCGAGUUCAACAUGUUUCGCCAGUGGAUAAGAAAGCUCAAGUUGGAUCGCUUGCAUCAGGAACACCGACGGCAACGACAGAUCGAGAAACAACAGUGGAAGGAAAAGCAAGCACGGGAACAGCUACUGCGAGACCAAGAACUUUACAGUAUUUUGAGGGAACGAGAACAGAAGGCCAGAGAACUUAAAGAGCGCGGUAUCAAGCGUCGCGAGGUAGAUCGUCGAAAAUACUUCAAGCUACAAGAACUAGACCGAAAAAGACGCGAGCAAUUCGAAGACGACUUGAAAAGAAAAAAGGACCAAAACGAACGUCAAAGAGAAAAGGCUCUGGCGAAAAGACAAGCAGAAAAGGACGAAGAGGAUAAAAAGGUUUGUCGGAACUAGAAUCUUGUUUGAUUUGUGAGCGCAGAUAUUCUUCUGCGUUUCAUACUUCUGUGAAUAAUAAAGAACUGCGCGCUUACAAAAUAAAAAAGAUAUAAAUUCCACCCAACAUUAACACUUACAAACUUACUAUUCAUUGAUGAUAUUUCGCCGUUUCUGAUUGGCUCUAAUCCCCCGGCUAAUUCUUCAUAACCAACUGGCGCUUACCAUAUUUGGAAGAUGCGAGCAAUAUACCAUCCUUUCGAUUUUGUAUUGCCUAGUAACCCAUCGACCAACCUCGUCUUCAGACGCGGAAACCUAGCUGUUUAGGGACGGACCGUUAGAAAAAUUAUGGGGGGUGGGGGAGCGGGCGAAGUACAAAAAAUAUAUUCGCGCAAGGGAAAAUUAAAUGAAAAAAAUUCGUGCAUGCCAAUUAAUCCUACUAUAUAGAUUUAGCCAGGGCUAAACGCGAAGCCCCUACUAACUGGAAUUUAUAAUUUAAAUCAAACUUGUAUUCCACAAAUCAGUUAACUUUAGAGCACAUUCGUGUGACUUUUGAGGGAAAGGCUGAGUAAUGUUAGAGAAAAAUAAUUUGCAAACAAUCCAACCCAAGAGUGAAAUUAAUCCUACAUCGACUUGAAAGCCUUAUAUGUACACCUAAAAAAUAGCAUAGCCAUAAUGGUUCUUGAUCACAGUACAUUAGGAAAAUAAAUCAGACCGAAUCUUUUGCGUUCGACAAGUUUACUUUACAAAAUCUUGCCAACAAGUCUGGGGACGUGUAAACCAACGUUUUAUACUUUUCAUACAUCACAUCUGAGGUGAAAUAGUACCAUGAGGCGCUGUUUUUAUCAUACAGACCUCGGACAGAAUGCAGUAUUUCACAAUUUUGCAAUACAAAUUUCACUCAUUCAAUAUUCAGGACGAGCGAAGCACGCGUUAGCGAAACCGUUAAAAAAUUUCGUAGUUACUAAAACAAGGAAUGACCUACAAUGACCUACAAUGAGCUACUAUGACCGAACGUGUAAUCCCUGUAAUGAGCUAAAAUGAAGAUUUUAGAAAAAGACCAAAAAAAAAAGAUCAGGGGACAUGUGUGCGUAAACGUAACGCGUUUAGUCUACUGCAUGACAGCCCAUUUAACGAUGACAGCAUCUCUGAUUAUUACGCUUGGAGACAAAUUUACAGUGUAAUAAUAUAUGUAUGAUGAUACUGUGACUUUUGUCCAAACCAUCCCUUGCAACCUUUCGCAUUAGUUUUAUUUUGUCUUGUCUUUUUUUCAAACAAAUUGAACAAACACAGUCACCCCAACAGUCGAUCCGGGGGGAUCUUCAAGGGACGUAAGGGUAGAGAUGAACAAAGGAGGCCUUCAAAUUCUGACCCUGUUCAAAAGAAAAAUUGUUCAUUUUUUUUAAGUACCCUGGCCUGUAUAAGACAUCAUAAGACCCUUUAAAUGGCUUUCGGUCCAACAGGAUGCUCUGUUUGUAACGCUAAAUAGUAAAAUCCAUAUCCUGCUCAGCGGCCCAUACCCAUCUAGGCCAAAUAAGGGAGUGCCUGCAUGACUUCCGUCAAUACAGGGUAUAAUAGUGCUAUACCAGUAAAAACGCGAUUGCAAUAAUCUAUUUUCAAGUUUCUCAAGUUACCUGAGAUCAGGCACAAUUUUUGUUUUGCCUUUUCAAAAUGUGCUUGGCAAUUUAAUACUAUGAGGCUAGUGUCACAUCCAAGCGUGACACACGACAAACAUCAGUGUCUGUCAUUUUGUAGCUCAUUGUAGGACUUUAACUUUAACUCAUUUUAGCUCAUAGUAGCUCAUUGUAGUUCGUAGUAGCUCAUCGUAGAUCAUUGUAGGUCAUUGUAGGUUAUUCCUUGUUUUAGUAACUACGACACACGUCCCCUGGUCUUUUUUUUUGUCUUUUUCUAAAAUCUUCAUUUUAGCUCAUUACAGGGGUUACACGUUCGGUCAUAGUAGCUCAUUGUAGGUCAUUGUAGAUCAUUGUAGGUCAUUGUAGGUCAUUGUAGAUCAUUGUAGGUCAUUGUAGGUCAUUCCUUGUUUUAGUAACUACGUAAAAAAUUUCCAAAAUCACCUAUACGGCGAGCCGGUUCUCACUUUUGACAAGCGCCCAAGUCGACUGUUUAAAUUAAGGUUAACAGAGUUAUACGCUUCAACAUAAUGGCUUUAUAACGAUGUGUAAUCUUCCGAAGCGUUUGAUACGCGCGGCAUUUUGACUACUCCUGCAAGCGAUGUUCAUGAGCGACGGAAAACAAACGGCACAGCGAUUAAAAUUGCAAAAGAGACUACUAACAAUCAAUAGAAGGAAAAUAAUUCGGUGAAACAUACAGAGACAACAAUUUUCAUUCAUAAAGACGUCUCUGAAAAUCCUUGUUUAUGUUUUAAGCCGGCUUCCCGGUGUUUGCUUUUCUCAAAGAUGAACUCGAGGCAAGGAAAUCGCUCAAAGCUUUCUUUUACAGCCAGAAUUAUAACUAAAUAUUCUUUGGAACGUGUUCUUUUUAUUUGCGGUGAGAAAAUGUCUAGAGGCUUUUUAAAGUUCUAUAAGCUUAUAAUCAAACCUGAUACUCGGUCAGAUCAUUGUCUCAAAUCCUACAAACGUGCAUAAACUAAAUAGCCCCAUAAACAACGCUCCACUUCAUUAAACAAAGGUCAAAUACAAUAAUUACUCAGGCUUACUAUUCGAGAUGCACUAAAAACUAUCAAGUAUUAAAGGCCAGAAUCGCUUCAGACUUUGCAACCCUCUUACACAUCAAGCAAGGUGAAAAACGAAAACGAUGCCAUCCGAAAUCGGAUUUCUGACUUUGACAAGCGACGUAUUUCUCAACCAAAAACCCAAUAAACAAACUAGCCAUGAAUAACAGAAGACUUCUGAUAGCAGGUGAAUUUCAUUUUGCACAUUCAGUGAAAAAAAAACAGUUAAAAACAUCACAAGUUGACACAAAACUCUGUCAGCUUCAGCUAUCAAAGUAAACAAGUUUUAAGAUGCUGCAUAAAUUCUCCGCAUGAACUCACCUGUCAAAUUUUGACCAAUCAGAGCAUAAAAAUUGGACGUAGAGCGUGACCAACGCGUGAUCUUGGCGAGAAAAGUCAAAAGCAACUGGCAUUUCCUCCCUGCCUGUAAAAACUGGCUGAAUUUUAGCUUCCGAGGUCAGUUUGAAAUCAAAGUUUUAAUUGUGCGGCACAUAUAAUACACAACAUAUUUCACAUGAAUUAAAAAAUACUAAACUUGAGCCUGCGAUCAUUUGAAAACUAGUAACUUGUUAGCGUCUAACUUCAAAGAGAUACUCGACCUCGAUGGGUCAACACCUGAGCCCGCGAUACGGUCAGGUGAUACUGGACAGCUGAUACCCUGUUUUGACAGCUGUCAAUUGAUCAUAACAUUGAUGUGCAAUAUGUGUGCAAUAUCAGUCCUCCUGUGCUCCCAGAUAAGGUAGAAAGUGCGAGAUUGAACAUUGGUUUUCCUCUGGUGCGGGAGGGCGGGCGGGCGGUGUACUGUCAGGUGAUUACCAAAUUUUCUGGGAUGGGUAGAUUUACUUACCCAUGGUGCUCCGCUGGCGCGCCUCACGCGCCAGGGCUCCGCUAAAAAUAUUCAUGCUAUGGCGUAAAAAAAGUUCAUACAAGGAAUUUGAUAACGGAAAAAAUUUCCUGCGGCUCGAAAAUUCCUCUGCCCCGCCUCCCAUAACUUUUCUAAUGGUCCGUACCACGGCUAUCCGAAGACGAAAUAGCUGAAGACUGAACGGAAGAAAUGCAAGAAUACGCAAACCAUAUUGCUCUAUUGAUGUUAUCUACAUUCUGUUUUCCUUGUUUUAGGUAAAGAAGAUUAACUUCCGUCUUCGUGUAAAGCGAAGUUCGGAGGACAAACGGAGAGAAAGUCGGCUACAAAACAGACGACAAACUCUCAACGAGGAAAAAGAAAAGAAGGUUUGUUUCCUUAUCACUCAAAUGCAGUCAGAACCGACCCACAUAUAAGAACCGUACAAGCAAGCUGAAAUUUUCUUUGGUCGAAUAGCGAGUGGUUGUUAUUUCUGUGAGUGCGUAUUUGAUCAAAUUUUAGCCAGAAGGUUUAUACCGCGCCAGUUGUCAUGUUUUUUCUGCACAUACAAAGGUAAUAUAGUUUCAUGUUGCGGUGGAACCCCCGAUUUAACGAACCUCUAUAUAACAAAGUUCUCGGUUUAACGAACGAAACUCCUUGCAGCGAACAUAUUUUGUAAUUCUCUUGGCCCUUUGUUAUAUCGAGGUUCCACUGCAUUGGUGAAGUGAAAAUUGGAUAUAAGUUGGGUAAAAGCUUAAAGUUAUGUUCUACUGCAAGUAUCCCAGGUUAAUAAAGGAAUAUAAUUUUUACGGAGCUUUGUUUAUAGUGUUGGUAGUGGGAGGUGAGUAGCCAAGCAGCCCGCUCGCUAAGCGUUUAGGUACCAAGAUUCUAUUCACGUUUUUAUCGCCUUUAUCGUUGGUAGUCUCUUUCAUUUGCUUCUUCAGGUGACUAAUUACAGAUAUUAGAGACGUUAGGAUCGAAGUUUGGUCAUUUUACCGCAAACGACGAAAUGCGGUUUGAUAAAACGCAAUAGAAAGGAAGAGACAGACUGUCGCUAUUAAUGACUUUUAGAUUGCAAGACGAGAACGAAUACAAGGACGAGAUUUUCUCAGUAACAAGUAUCAAACAAGUUAGCAAAUGUUAGAAGUUUUACGGUUUUGCCAUCGGAAGAGGGCUUACCCUUCUCCUUCGAUAAGGACAACCGCUGAUAAAAGGAUUGCGAAGCUUACCGGGGUAUCUACGUUUUGAGAAUACGCAAAAAAAAUCUUUAUCCUCGAAUCUAAAUGUCUCUAUUAUAUUUUUCCAGCUGAGAGAGUCUUGGAAGCGACGCUGUUCACUGUCGUUGGAGCGCCAAGAAGAAAAACGCAGAAAAGAAGAAAAAGGAAGAGAAGAGCAUAUCAGAAAUGUGGCGCGAAGAACAUCCAUUGUGGAGCAACAGCGGCGUAAAAGCCGAGGUAAUACAUUUCACCUCUUAGCAAAAUACAAUCGCAAGUGUAAGCAUAAGUUUUACGGGAUCGUUUAAACAGAUAGCAUGGUGGAUAAAGAAGCGAUAACCAGUGAAAACUGGUGCCAGUGAUCAGGCAUUAGGGACCUUUUAAUUUACACCAGGUUACUACGACGAGAUUGAGUACAAGAACUUUUACUUUUACAUGCUUUAUUGGCCAAGUAGUAUGAGUAGAAAAAAAGAAGAAGAAGACAAAAAAAAUGAAGAUUAAUGCACAAAGGGAAAAGGUACGAACGGGACACUUGGACACAUGCAUGGUGCCCACCCAAGGUAAUAAAAGAAUUUCAAACAUAUAAAAGAAGAAAAGAAAGAAAGAAGUUAAUAAAACAAUGUAAAAAGCUUACUGUUACUUUUACUUUUGCUUACGUAUGAGUUUUUUAGCCAAAUUUGUGAGCUUCAUAUUGAUUAACUUUACGAAUUUUAUCGCUAACUUUUUGCGUCAAAACUAAUGGUUAGGGUUACACUCAGCCGAACCCACCUUUUAGAUUAAAACCCAAAUUGAUUCUUUCAAACAUCUUUAUAAUAGCCAAUUUUCUUCUUACCCGAUAAUUGUCUUCUUUUCAGAUUACCAUGAUCUGUGCUUGCAAAGGAGGCGCGAUUCACUGGAGAAACAACAUCAGGAGGCUGAAGAUUUUCUAGAGAAAAUGAGAGAAAAGAAAAUGAAAGAUUUAGAGUUAUGGAAACAAAAACACCAGCGAAUGCGUGAGAGACAUUUGCAGCAGGUGAUUAUCGUUCUUAAAGUGGAUUUCCACUGUCGUGCAAUUUUAACAUGCGUACGUACGUAAAUAAAGUAGAGGCAAUGUACAUUUACGUUUACCAUCGGCCUUUUAUACAUUGUCUAUAUUUUAUUUAUCCCCUUUAAAUUCCAUGCGCGUACGCACGCAAAAAUUACGCGACAGUAUGCGCAAAAUCCACCCUUACUUCCAAGGUAGCGUUUCGCUAUCGAAGUACCGCUCCUUGUCCGUAAAUGAACAUUUUUGUUUUAUACUGUCAUAGCCGCACUCACUUUAGUGCAGUUUCAAAUGAAGUCACUCUCCUGUGCUCGAAGCUACCAAAAAUGUCCCUAACGGCUAGCUAUUAAAACCACUGGAUUGUUGAAAAUGUCAUUUGUGUGUUCUUCGUAGGGACACAGAGGUUCCCUUCGAAGCAGACCAAGUGACGUUGGACCAGAGCACAGACGCAGAUCUCGUUUGUCGAGUGUCUGGGACUUGCAGUCAUCUUUGAAAAACGAAUUUGGAAUUGAUGAUAACGUAGUUUACAGGUACAGAUGUAAUAUUUGAAUCAUUUAACUGUCAGAACGUAUGAACAAACUGCAAAAUCAUCAGUUUUUAUUUAUUAUUUCAUCCUAAUCCUUCCACCGGUUUAUAAUGAACCAAAAAUGACCAUCUUGCGGUUGCCUUGUUAGCUCAAAGGAUAGAAUUUUUCAAUUUUUAUUUGGUAACUUCAAAAGAUGCGUCUAUAACUGUAAUAAUUUUCUUGCUUUUAAGCGGCAUUGCCAUUACAAAAAACAUGCAAAGGUCUUGGGAAAGAAUACCACACGUGAAUGAAGUCGACAUUUGUCAUUAUUAUUCGCACCAAACGAAAGCGAGCUUGAAAAAUGCUGAAGUAGAUUUUUGUUCUGUGGUUCAUUUGGACCUAUAACUGUUAUCUGCACUUGACCCUGUUCUGCUUUGAAAUCAUUUGAAUGCAGUGCUUCUCGUUCCGUCGAGUAACUCCUUAACAGGGAAUCCCAGAGGUUAACUUACAUUUUUUUAACAUGUUUAAUCGUUUGUGUAAACGGGAUAUUAGUAACGUUCCCAGUGCUGGCACCAUUGAGCCCGGCACUGAGUCUGUUUAAGGUAGAAUUUAGUGUAAACUCAAUUCUGAAUUCUAUUUUUUGGGAACUCAAUUUGUUGGAUUUUAAUUCUGCUACGCCCUCAUUUACUCUAAAAUGAAUCAAUCUUUUCUCACUCGGUGGUCUGUCUUUUUGCAGUGGUGUUGUUUUUGCGGGCAGGAAAGCAAAGCAGAGAGCAAGACAUUUAGGAGCGGUAAGAUGGUCUAUAACAUACAAAAAUACGGUGAAUAUCUGUAAAGAGUCAUUUAAAUAACUUCAAUUUAUGUCGCCCAACCAAACCUUUUUUACUGAAAAUUUAGUUCGUAAUUUCCGGAGCAGGCCCGCAUUUUGCCCAUUUUUGUCCAGCUCAUGACAAUGUAUUUUUUCCUUUCUCAGCUGGCAGAGGAACAAACCUCAAGACAAAUCGAGGAAGUUGAUGAGUUUGAGAAACUCUUAUCAAGACUUGAGGCUGAAUUUGCUUUACGCGAAAGAGUGCAUUACGUCGUUUUUGGCAUAAUUUCAAACGCACAACAUGCGCUCGAUAUACAAGAGAGGCUUGAAAUCGGCAAAGAAGUUCCAGGAUACGUCCAGCGUAUCGUGGAUAAUGCUCAAAGAAUUUUAGGUGAUGAAGAAAGCUCUGGAGUAUUGCUUUCGCUAGACGAGCAAAGGCGGCGAGCUGCUCAAGAGAUAGUUGCAACCGCUUUUAGUAAUGCCAAGGAAGAGUAUAAGCGAAGAGCAUCUCUACGUGACACUGCUCGAGAAAUUGUCACCGCAGCUAUAGACUCUGCUUUCCAGAGAGCACUAAGAGAUGGACAAGACCUUGGACCGAAAAAAGAGACAGUAGCUGAAAAUAUCUCCGAAAACCUUUUUGAAUGCGCUAAAGACGUUGUAACCGUUGCUGUAAUGUCAGCUUGUCGCCAUAGCAGUGGUGAUCGCGAAAUAAGUGCAGCAAAAUCACUAGCCGCUGAUGCUGUUCUAGCAGCGAAAGGAUCAUUAGAAAAAUUGUAUGGUACAACUUGUGAGCUCGACGCAAAAGAUCAAGUCGAUACUCAUGAAAUUUCGUCCAGUUUGGAUAUAUGCGCUAAAGAAGUGGCAGCUGCGGCUAUUAUCUCGGCCACACGCUCAUUGGAACGAACCUAUCUUAAACAUGAUUCCAAUGUGAUGGCUGCACGAUCGUUGGCACUUGAUGCAGUUGCCGCCGCAAAAGCUUCCCUGGAAAAUUUUCUUGGUGUUAUUGUUGAAUUUGAAGAAGAGGACGUGGCUCCUUCCACGGACAUUUUAGCGUGUUUGGCAGAAUCGGCUAAAGAUGUUGCUGAAGGCGUUCUUACCUCAUCUUCACAGUUGCCAAGUCCCACGAAAAUAAUAAGCAAAACUGAAAGUCGUGCAGCACAGUCGCUUGCAAAUGACGCUAUCCAAGCAGCUGUGGCAUCGAUUCAAAACCUUUAUGGCAUUAAGGUUGAUUUUGAAGACGAAAGUGAAGAAGCUGUUAUAGGAAUCGCAGCUACUGCCAUAAUUUCAGCAACUCAGUCAAUGGAAAAAGACUCGAAAAAACGUGAUUUCGAUCUGACAAUUGCGGCAAGAGAAUUGGCCAACAGCGCUAUGGAUUCUGCCAAAGCGUCAAUUGGUUGGUUUCAAAGGGAGAGUGUCGCACCAGGAUCGAAAGAGGACGCUUUAAGAAUUUUCUCAAGCUUGGAUGAAGCUGUGAAAAGAAUAGCAGAGGUCGCCGUUGAAUCGGCUACAAGGUCUCUUCAGCGCAUGGCUGAGGAAAAUGAACGGGAUUUGACAUACACAACUCGCGAACUUGUCACCAACGUACUUAAUUCUACAAAAGCCUCUAUAGAAAGACUAUAUGGAAUCAAGAUCGAACCAGAAAUAGAAUUGUUACCUCCCUCUAAAGAGAUCUCUAUCAUGUCAUCUGCUUCUGAGCCGUUCGAACAAAUUUUAGAUGUUAAGGAGCGCGAGGGAGAGUUGAUGGUGGCGGCCCGCAAUUUGGCAUCAAAUGCUUUACGAGCGGCAGAAGCGUCUCUGCAGCGAUUAUAUUGUAUUGCAAAUGAGAUAGAAAGUAACAUAGAGAAUGCAGCCUUGGACAUCUCAAAAAGCCUGGUUGAUUCUUCCCGAAACCUAAGCCAGCGUCUCGGUAAAGAAGGACUCGGUAAUGCCGCUCGAGAACUGGCCUGCCGUGCGAUUGAAUCGGCAUCCAAGUCUAUCGCCAAACCGCACGGAGACGAAUCUUCGUUGCACCAGAAAGUUGAAAGUGAUUCUUGCCUAUUAAAGGCAGCAGCCAAAGUAACUACAAUUUCCGCGCAAGCCUCGUCAGGGGAGCUUUUUGAUCGUGGUUUUAUUGGAGGGUCAGAGCUGGAGGAAGCUACAGGCCAUAUGGCAUCUCAUGCUGUUAGAUCUGCUGAAGCUAUGCUAGCUCAAGUACAAGAAAGUAGUUCCACGGUCGAUCUUGAUUUGCAGAUUUGCAAAGCGGCCUUUGAACUAGCAUCACAGGUGGUUGUGUCAGCUGAGGAUUCCGUUGCUCGUUCAGUUCAGCAAAACCAGUCAGUACCAAGCUAUCCGGGUUCUGAUCAUGGGCAGCUGUUUUGGAAGGUUUCAACCUACGUGGAAGGCCUUAUUAACGGAGCCUUGAGGAGACUUGGAUCAGUGGGGUACUUCAAUGACGAUACCGAUGACCUUGAAGAUUACGAACUCAUAUCUCAUAGCGAGGCCCUUCAAGCCGAUGCAGAGUAUAGUCCACUUGUUCAAGAUCUCUUCCAUAGGGAAAAGCUAUCAUUAAAAGCUUCAAGAAUUGUUAAUGACGUUGUAGAAAACGCCAAGGAAAUUGUCAAAACCCAGAUGAAGAAUGCGUCUUUCUUUUUUGCUCCCGAUGUUAAACCAGGGCAUGCCCGCUUCACUCGUCGAAGAAGUAGCUCCGUACAUUUCAACGAGGGUUCUCUAUUUCAUUCCCGCAGAGACAGUUAUGUUCCACGAGAAACAGACUUCCUGAGCGUUGUCAAUAGACCUCCUACACCACGUUUCAGAAAGGCUCGUGCGCAGCCUGUUUUGCAAGAACUUCAAGAGGUUGAUAAAGAACUGUGCAGCCCAUCAGAUAGUGACUUGAACAUUCUCAAAGUAACCGACAGUGACCUUGUUCAGAGACGUGUGUCAGAUCCGGGACAAGGCAUCAACUGUGAAAAUGUUUCAGUGCCAGAAAGAGAGCGAUCGGCGUCCGAUUCCAAGCUCUUCGUUCAAAAUCAAAGCUCGACCGUGACUGAAAAACCGUCUCUUUACGAUGUUAUUAAGAAACGAGAAGAAUGUACCAGUUGUGAGAUCUCUCCGUGUGGGUCGUAUGUUGUCCUUCCUCAUUUGAACCCAUCAGAGUGUUCACUGAUCGCUGCUCGUGUGGAGAGUUAUGAGGUUUUGUGGAAGCAAAAGAAAAGAAUUACUUCAGUAACAAGCCUGCCCUCCUUGUCACCCAAAGGGUCUUUUGUCGCCGGUGAGGGUGUCCAACAUGUUUCUCAGCAUCAGGAAUCGCAUAACCGCACAAUACCAUCUUCAUCUCGUUUGCCAAAUAUAACUAAUUCCACUUCGAAAAUCUGCCAAAGAUCAUCUAGCGAAAGUUCUCUGAAGCAAUCCUCUGGGCAACCAAAACGAACCUCGUCACUGCAAAUAAGAAAAUCUUCUAAACCUUCUCCCCAAUCGUCAAAGCAGUCUGCGAAGUUGCCAUGUAAACCUUCUGCAAGAAAAGGCUCCCUCAGUAAAAUGGCAACAUCACGUGAGUCCUUGCCUACAAAAGACGAAUCUGGCCACUCUUCUUCUCGAAGUAAAAUUGCUCUUACUCAAAAAUCUUUGGUGAAAGACAAACAUUCAAACAUUUUCUCAGCAACAAGUAAUGAAAUAGGCAGUUCACUUACGACAGCAUCGUCACCUCGUCCAUCUACUGAGGUGGCAGUGAUUUCUUCGCGUGCCAUGAAAGGCAAGGUCUCCAACUCCCCACGUGCAUCUAUUAUCAAGGCCGUGUUAUCUCCACGGAGUUCCAAGGAAAAAGUCUCUCAGUCACAAAGUAUGUCUCCUGACAAUGUUGGAUUAGCCUCACAAUUUUCUGUCAACGAUAUCAUGCCUUCUCCUCGUACAUCAACCGUUAAAGCCCCCUUGUCCAAAAGUCAUUCCGGGGGAAAAGUCGCCCAGUCGCCAAAUACAUCAGCACAAGAUAAUGAAGAAAAUAGGGAGGUUUGUCCUCGUGCUUCAACAGAAACGACUUUAACAUUUCCUAAAGACUUGGAAAUAGAUGUAGGGACCCAAGGAGUAGAAGUAUCGACUUCGAAUGCUGUUGCCGUUUUGGCCCAAACUGUCGCAAAAACGUCGUGUGAAUCCGCAAGUUCUUUGGACCUACAACAGACUACGAAGAAAGCUACAAGGUCAGAAAUGGUCUUGAAAGGAUCCGCUCCUUCGGGUGAACAUCUGAGAAAGGAAUUGUCCCGGUCGGCUAAAGAGCUCGAAAAGGCAUCGGAAAAUGUCGAGAAGUGUUUGACCUCAUUGCCUCCUACCUUUCUAAGGAAGCACCAGUCUCAGCCAGAAGGUGUUGGCUCGGAACUAGAUCGAACUGACGGAGAUUCUGCCGAUAAUAAGGAAAGUGAGAUGAUCAAGAGCAUGAAGAACGUCGUUCCUAGCCUGGAACGAAUUAUCCAGGACAAACGGCUGACUCCUGAGGGAGCUGAAGCGGAAACACGCCCGGCCUCUAGUGCUGACAUUUUAGCAGCCAGGAAGACAGUUGAUCCAGAAGGAAUAAGAGGAAACACCGUUCAACAGGUACUAAGUCAAAGUGCAAGACCUUCUCUGUCAAAAUCCCUUUCAUCCGCUGCAAAAAGUUCGUUAGUGGGAGUGAUGAUGAAUCAGCAAGGCUCCCGAUCCUCACAGGAGGUCACAGUGUCAAAGCCAAGUGACGAAAACAAAGCAGUCACUGCAAGGAGGAAACCCGAAGGUGAAGACACAAAUGAGGUACAAGAUGUUUCAUCUGGUGCUGUUGGUGAAUCUUCAGACAAAAGUAGUAAAAUGUUUGUUUCUUCGAGCGCGGAGAUUGUUUCAUUUCCAGGGACUAAGAAAGAGCUCGUUCCUGCGCGAACAGAUGUUAUCAAAGUCGAGGGCUACCCUACUUAUAGAAACGUCAGCAUUUCACGCUCCAUCCACGAUACAGUCGAUGAUAUAGUGCAGCAAAUGUUGCGUACAACCGAUGAACCGACCGCAGCUGAAGGUACAGGAUCCCGUAAAGAAAUCAAAAACGAUACAGAAGGAAAUCUUGGGGCAUCAAGCAUGUUUGAUCAGCAGAGAAAGUUUCCUAAUGGUAAAUUUUCUAAGACAGUGAUAGAUACUGUGGAUCUCAUGCUCCAAAGUGUCUCGGCCUCUGACGAAAGGAAACCGCGUUAUAGUUUCGGAAGAAAGAUUAGCGGAUCAGAUAUCGUGAGUGGUAUUGGUGAGUAAUAAGAUUUAUUUGCUUUAGGUUUUACAUACGACUGGAAGGGUCAUGGUACGCGAGUAGUGGCUUUGAUGUUUAGGUACCAUAGUAGCUUUCGAUCUUUCCUUUUCCAAGAGUUGACUGUGUAGUAAUGAUGUGCAAACGAUUCUGUCUCAAAGAAAGUAGCAACUUGCACAAAAAAAACCGUUGAACGUGGUGCUAUAAGUGGAAAGGAAAAAAUCUUCUAAGCCCCAUCGUUUCUAAAUAAUCUGCUAGAUAUAGUCCUCACUAGCUUGUUAAGCGGUGAAGAUCUAUCUCUUUCUCCUUCCACAUGUCGCUAGCGCUAGAAGAGCUCAAGAGCUUUGCUUUAUUUCCGUUGUGUUGGUGGAAUAAAAAUUUUGUCAUGCGUCCAUUGCAUCAACGCACAUAAAAGAUAUCAUGCUUAAGUUUUCUUUUUUAUCUCCUAGACAUUCCAAGAACAACCUCCUCGAUGGAGAGGUUUGCCAAAAUCACUUCGUCUUCUCCUCAGGUUGUCUCUUGUGUGUACGAAUUAAGCCCAUCGCCUCCUAAACUCCCAUCCCCAAAGGUCUCUAGACUCUGUGCUACUUCCUCUCAAGCCUCUAUAGGAAUCCGUGCUACGCAGUCAGACUCCAGUAUCGUAAGUUCUUCAAGUGAUAAAGCAGCUGACCUCAAGCCUAAAGUUUCUGGUGCUUGGCUCGAUGACCGUGGAAACUCGUCUCGAAAGUCCCAGUCCCCGACGAGGCCUCAAUCAAGCCCAAGCCCUUCGCUUCACAGACGUUCUUCUGACAAGCUCUCAGUGAGGCACUCCUUGAAAGGCGUUUCCAUGGAAACACAUGACACAUUGCGAAAACAUUCUCCUUAA